GCCUGUCCACCUAAAAGUUUCCAAUCGAAUCACCCCGAUAAGAACCUCACCGUAUUACUGUAGUCAUCCAGACCAGACCAUCUCGCCAUGUGCAGCAUCGACAAAGCCACCGCUGCACUUUUAGGAGAAGCACGCUAUGAAGGUCGAAGGAUGCUCGUGUCUAGGCUUGCUCGCCUAACGGUACUAGCUCAACUCUUCUUACCCGGGCAAGCCCAAUCCUUAUCCCACACGUGUCCUCCCAAAUUCCCUUCUUGCUCGAUAGCUAACCCGCCAAAAUUCGUUUCCUAUAAAUACGGGAUCCCCGCUAUAAAUAAAGGAGCUUCUCAACCUGCUACCAAUACCUUCCUUCAAAUGGAGUCGCACUCGCUCGAUGUUCAGAAACUCCGUAGUGACUUCCUUCAAGUCCUCCGUAGCCGGCGAUCCGCCGAAGUUCCGCUCUCGGUGGAAAAUGGAAAACCGGUUGUCUCUCCGUUCUUUCUGGAUAAUACGCUGCCAACGGACAAAAGCCAGGCGAUGGAGUCUUGUCCUAAGGUAGUGAUCAAGAAUUUUAAAGAGUUGCUGAAAGAGGAGAAUCUAUAUUUGACUACUGAAGCAGGACAGCAAGGGCGUUUACCUGUUUUGAUUCUGAGUAUGAAAGAAAGCAAAGAAAGAAAGCCUGCAGUCGUUUUCUUGCACAGUACAAACAAGUGCAAAGAGUGGCUACGGCCCCUGCUUGAGGCCUAUGCCUCGCGGGGAUAUCUAGCCAUUGCAAUUGACUCUCGCUACCAUGGUGAACGUGCGGGCAGUAAAACCGGUUAUCGAGAUGCUCUUAUAUCAUCAUGGAAAAAGGGGGAUACAAUGCCAUUUAUAUUUGAUACGGUCUGGGACUUGAUAAAACUGGCAGAUUAUCUUACAAAGAGAGAAGAUAUAGACCCUGCAAGGAUAGGAAUUACUGGUGAAUCGCUGGGAGGAAUGCAUGCGUGGUAUGCUGCAUUUGUUGACACCAGAUAUUCGGUGGUUGUCCCUAUAAUUGGUGUGCAGGGGUUUCGUUGGGCCGUAGACAAUGAUAAGUGGCAAGCUCGGGUUAACAGUAUAAGGCCUGUAUUUGAAGAAGCACAAAAAGAUUUAGGCAAGAGUGCAAUUGAUAAAGAAGUGGUGGAGAAGGUGUGGGAUAGAAUUGCACCAGGUCUAGCCUCAAGCUUUGAUGCACCAUAUACAAUUCCAGCCAUUGUACCACGCCCUCUGCUAAUUGUUAACGGUGCAAAAGAUCCCCGUUGCCCGGUUGAAGGUUUACAAAUUCCUCAGUCAAGAGCAACCAAGGCUUAUGGAGAGGCUCAUUGUCCGGAUAAAUUCAAGCUAAUUGUGCAACCUGGAAUUGAGCAUCAACUGACACCAUUAAUGGUGAAAGAAGCAAGUGAUUGGUUCGAAAUUUUCCUCAAGAAAUGAUGCUGUUCAGUUAAAUCGUCUAUUUUAUGUGGAAUAAUUUCUUGUGAAACAUCUUGUAAUAAAAGUCCAACUGAUUUAAGACUCUUCUCGAUUCCUAUGUUCAAGCUGUCGUUAAUUGUGAUAUGACUAAAUUAUGUCAAAUUUAAGAGUCUUUGAUAAACAUUUUGAUGCGA